AUGAAUAGGAAGUUGGAGACGACGGGCAAUGUAUUUCAAAACAUCACACUCAUUGGACGCGGUCAAAAGUCAGCAAAAGUCAGCAGAAAACCAAGAGAGGGAGAGAGAAAAGCGGGAAAAUCCGUGUCUUGCCUCCACCCCCGUCAACGUAACCUGAUUCAACCCCUUUUUAGCAGGCCCCUUUUUCCCCCCCUUCCCUUUCUUCAUGUGUUUUCCCCGUUCGCUGAUCCCGCCGCCCUGAAGAUCACAUAUUUACUCGGAUUAUGUUUACUAUUCCUGUUUGUGAUAGUAUGUCCAGGGGGAGGCGAUGCUCAGCGCCACGCUCAGCGUCAAGGCGGCGUGGUCUACGGUCGAUCCUACGUCCCGUCUACUGACAAACGGAACAGGGGUCGCUCUCGCCAGUCCUCCUCCUAUUCCUCUUCCACUUACACUUCCUCUUCCUCCUCCUCCUCUUCGCGUACCGGUCCCGACGGGGUGACGCGCGUGACGACGAGUGGAAGCUCGUACGGCAGCCCCGGGUCGGGGGUACAAAACACAUCUUACACUUACACAACCUUCGGCCGAGAGGACGCACGGCCCUCCUCCUCUCCUUCCGCCUCCUCUUCCUCCUCCACCUCGGAUAGGACCGUUUUGACUGCGGUCACUACCAGCAGGACCUCUACCUCGUCUUCCAAGUCGCGCUCACGCGGAGGCAAGGGAAGAGGUAGAGGGAGAGGCAGAGAGAGGGAAAGAGAAAUAGAAAGAGGAGAGUCGAGGCGGGAAGAGCAGGAGGGUGAUGACCAGACGCCCGUAGUUGACGAGUCCUAUUUCGAACGGCGUGGCCAGUCCCAAGACGGUCAGGGCUACUUUCGCUGGAAUGGGCGCGAGUACACGGGCGUGGGUCAUCCGGGUUCGUCGAUCUCGAGGCGCGUCAAGACCUCUAAGACUACCACCGCCACCACGAGUCAGGCACGACCAGGCACCUCUGUCACGUACACCUACACAGUUCCUGGGGGGUCGAGUGUGACCACGUACAGGAACACCACCACGUACACCUCCCAUGUCCCAGGCUACUCGACGUCGGAGGCACAGGGCGGCUUCGACUCUCGCUUCGGCGCCACUGACUACGGUUCGCGGGGCUCGACCAACGUCGACUCGCGCUACGAGAGCUCCUACAACCGCCGCUACAACUACGGCGGCAGCGUCACCGGAAGUAGUGGCAGCAGCAGCAGCAGCAGGGGCGGGGGCGGCAGAGGCAGCGUCGGGUUCGGCGAGACCUACCACAAGAACACUGAAGAAGAGCUCACUUUCGACUACGAAGAGGAGGAGUACGAUCCUGUUUUCGAACGGGGUCCAGUUAUCUCGCUGGAGGAUCGAACUCACCCUCUCGUUGUACGUGGAUUCGGAGUAGCUCCAGGAUAUGGGCAGAGGACGGGGCAUCCAUGUGACCAGGGCUCCUGUUACCCAGGCACGGGCAACCUGCUCAUCGGACGAGAAGCCAGACUCUCGGCUACGUCCACGUGUGGCCUGGAAAAUAGGGAGCGCUAUUGCAUCGUGUCGCAUCUGAAGGAUCGCAAGAAGUGCUUCUGGUGCGAUUCUCGGCCUCAGUGGGAUGGCAGCCCGCAGUAUUCUCACAAAAUCGACAAUAUUGUGUACAGAUCGGAUCCUCGCACAAGACGAAGGUCAUGGUGGCAGAGUGAGAACGGGAAAGAAGACAGCAGUAUCCGCCUAGACUUGGAAGCAGAAUUCCAUUUCACGCAUCUUAUUAUUACAUUCAGGACCUUCCGUCCAUCCGCUAUGCUUAUUGAGAGGUCCUUUGACUUUGGUAAAACAUGGAAGGUUUAUAGAUACUUUGCAUAUGACUGUAAUGAAGCCUUCCCAGGCAUUCCAACUGGCCCACCUUCAGCAAUCAAUGAUGUUGUUUGUGAAUCACGUUACUCAGCAGUCGAGCCAUCUACAGAAGGAGAGGUUAUCUUCCGAGUUUUGGCACCAAAUAUUGAGAUUGAAAAUCCAUACAGUGAAGAUGUUCAAAACCUCUUGAAGAUAACAAACUUGCGUGUGAACUUCACAAAGCUUCACACACUUGGUGAUCAGUUACUGGACAACAGACGGGAGAUUAAGGAGAAAUAUUACUAUGCCAUUUAUGAAAUGGUUGUAAGAGGUUCCUGUUCCUGCUAUGGCCAUGCUUCCCGCUGCUUACCCCUGCCAGGUGUUGAAGAUCGCCCUGAUAUGGUCCAUGGACGCUGUGAGUGCACUCAUAACACAAAGGGUUUGAACUGUGAAGAGUGUGAAGACUUCUACAAUGAUCUGCCAUGGAGACCAGCCAUUGAAAAGGAAUCCAAUGCUUGUAAAAAGUGUAACUGCAAUAACCAUGCCACAAGAUGCCACUUCGACCCAGAUGUAUAUGAGACCUCUGGACGCAUAUCAGGAGGUGUCUGUGAUGAUUGUGCACACAACACAUAUGGUCGUAACUGUGAGCAGUGUAUCCCAUACUAUUAUCAGGAUCCUGCCAGAGACAUCCGAGAUGCUGAUAUUUGCCAGCCCUGUAACUGCGACACUCGCGGUUCAAUAGAUGACGCCAUUUGCGACUCCCACACUGAUGUUCCUGCUGGAUUGCUAGCUGGAAGAUGUCACUGCAAGACCAACGUUGAUGGCCUCAAGUGUGACCGUUGCAAGGCUGGUUACUGGAAUUUCACUGCUGAUAACCCAGAGGGUUGUCAAGAAAUUGCAGAAGAUUAUAAAAACCAGCCAAGAUCAGAGUGGCCUCAGAAACCCUGUACAUGCCAUCUUCUGGGGACACUCAACAAUGCUGGCUGCAAUGUCCUGACUGGAGAAUGUUCCUGCAAGCGAUUUGUGACUGGACGUGACUGUAACCAGUGUUUGCCCCAGCAUUAUGGCCUGUCUGAGCACCCAGAUGGAUGCCAGCCCUGCGACUGUGAUCGAGGAGGUUCUCUUGAUAACAACUGUGAUGUGCUCAGUGGCCAAUGCAAGUGUCGGCCACACGUCACGGGUCGUCGCUGUGACACACCAGAGGAAGGCUAUUACGUUGCGAGCCUGAAUUACCUAACAUAUGAAGCAGAACUUGCAAGGGGAUCUGAGCUUUAUUGUGAAGAGGCCAGUUUAUAUGACUUCAGGCAAUCCAGUCUAAGUAACUGCCAAGUAGUGAUGAGAGAGCCCUACCGUGAUGGACGUGACACAACUUGGACAGGCCUUGGCUUCAUGCGUGUCUUUGAGGGAUCGUACUUGGAGUUUGAGAUUGAGAACAUUGAAACCAGCAUGGAGUACGACCUUGUUAUCCGCUAUGAGCCCCAGUUCCAAGGUGUUUGGGAGAAUGUGAUGGUAACUAUUGAACGACCAGAACCCAUUGACCCAACAGGUUCCUGUGGAAAUACUAGACCAACAGAUGACCAGAUGGUUGUCAAUCUUCCAGGCAAUAAUCGUCAUGUGACUCUCGUCCCACCUGUGUGUCUUGAGGCUGGCAAGAGAUACAAAGUCCGGAUAGAUUUCAGGCGUUCCAAUGCCAAUACAGAUUCUCCAUCUGCUUCCAUACUUGUGGAUUCUAUCAUGUUGAUUCCAAAGGCUGAGAGACUACCCUUCUACUCAGGCUCAGCAGACCUUGAUGACCUGCGAUAUGAGUAUGAGAGAUAUCGGUGCAGUGAAGGUUUCUAUGAUGGCCAGAAAGUUGAGAACAUUCCAGAAAUUUGCCGAGAUAAGCAUCUUGGCAGUAUUGGCUUUUAUGUCUAUGGUCAAGCAUUCUCUUGUCAGUGUGAUGGCACUGGCAGUUACAGCAGCAUAUGUAGCUCUAUGGGAGGUCAGUGUGACUGCAAACCAAAUGUUGUUGGACGUCGCUGUGAUAGAUGUGCACCAGGAACAUUUGGCUUUGGCCCAGAGGGUUGCAAGCCUUGUGAUUGCAGCCCAGUUGGAGCCUUGGACAAUUUCUGCGAUCAGCAGACAGGCCAAUGCAAGUGUCGCCCGAACACCUAUGGCCAACAGUGCAACGAGUGCCAGCCAGGGUUCUGGAACUUCCCUAAUUGCCAGCGGUGUGAGUGUAAUGGCCAUGCUGACACCUGUGACUCCUACAGUGGAAUUUGCCAUGAGUGCCGUGAUAACACCACUGGUGCAAACUGUGCCUUGUGCAUUGAAGGCUUUUACGGAGAUCCUCGUCUGGAAGUGGGUAUUGCUUGUCGCCCAUGUCCCUGCCCAGGCACAGUGGACUCUGGACAUAGUUUCGCUGACCGCUGUACACUUGAUCCUCGUACUAAGGAUGUUGUAUGUGAAUGUGCCGAUGGAUAUGCUGGCUCAAGGUGUGAUGUAUGUGCAGACAACUAUUUUGGAAACCCUGAAGUGCCUGGAGGUCAGUGCGAAUCUUGUGAUUGCAGUAAUAACAUCGACAUUUCUCGUCCUGGGAAUUGUGAUUCCCGCAGUGGGGAGUGCAUACAAUGUCUCUUCAAUACCUUCGGUUUCAACUGCGAGCGAUGUCGCCCAGGUUUCUAUGGGGAUGCACUUAAUCAGCAGUGCAGAGGUAAGAGGAUAGCUUUGCUUGCCCAUGAUUGCAGAUACGAGGAUCAAGUGUACAGCGGUCAGCGAAACUAUGUCCAGAGUCCACUGUGCCUGGGCAGGGACAUGGGCGACAAGCAAUACCCACUUCCAGACGAGGAUCUCCGCACAGUUUGCACCAGUGGUGUUAUCACGGCACUCAUGGCAAAUUCCACUGUAGGAGUCACAGGUGUCAGCAUGGCCAUUACACUCACACCGCUGGCAAUUAGGGAAGUUCCAGAACCCUGGCUGGCACUCGUUGCACUAAAUUGUCCAAGGCUCCAACUGGGCUGCAAUCACAAGGCUUGCAACCCUCUGGGCCAAAGCCAAAUGUUCCUGGUGCACAUCUAUCACAGCGACGUCCAACAACAUUGGUUUGCAGUCACACUGACCUCCCAUAGAGCUACAUAUGCUGCUGUAACUGCCAAAUGCUUGACCAUAGACAUAAAAGCCAAUACUGCCAAGAUGCUUAUCUCGGCAAAUUUCUGGAAUGUUCUCAACUUUCUGGCCAUCAUAGAAACCUUCACUGCACCGAUAUCUCUCAUACUCAUAUCGCAGGUCAUCAAGAUCAUGUUGAUUCCAAAGGCUGAGAGACUACCCUUCUACUCAGGCUCAGCAGACCUUGAUGACCUGCGAUAUGAGUAUGAGAGAUAUCGGUGCAGUGAAGGUUUCUAUGAUGGCCAGAAAGUUGAGAACAUUCCAGAAAUUUGCCGAGAUAAGCAUCUUGGCAGUAUUGGCUUUUAUGUCUAUGGUCAAGCAUUCUCUUGUCAGUGUGAUGGCACUGGCAGUUACAGCAGCAUAUGUAGCUCUAUGGGAGGUCAGUGUGACUGCAAACCAAAUGUUGUUGGACGUCGCUGUGAUAGAUGUGCACCAGGAACAUUUGGCUUUGGCCCAGAGGGUUGCAAGCCUUGUGAUUGCAGCCCAGUUGGAGCCUUGGACAAUUUCUGCGAUCAGCAGACAGGCCAAUGCAAGUGUCGCCCGAACACCUAUGGCCAACAGUGCAACGAGUGCCAGCCAGGGUUCUGGAACUUCCCUAAUUGCCAGCGGUGUGAGUGUAAUGGCCAUGCUGACACCUGUGACUCCUACAGUGGAAUUUGCCAUGAGUGCCGUGAUAACACCACUGGUGCAAACUGUGCCUUGUGCAUUGAAGGCUUUUACGGAGAUCCUCGUCUGGAAGUGGGUAUUGCUUGUCGCCCAUGUCCCUGCCCAGGCACAGUGGACUCUGGACAUAGUUUCGCUGACCGCUGUACACUUGAUCCUCGUACUAAGGAUGUUGUAUGUGAAUGUGCCGAUGGAUAUGCUGGCUCAAGGUGUGAUGUAUGUGCAGACAACUAUUUUGGAAACCCUGAAGUGCCUGGAGGUCAGUGCGAAUCUUGUGAUUGCAGUAAUAACAUCGACAUUUCUCGUCCUGGGAAUUGUGAUUCCCGCAGUGGGGAGUGCAUACAAUGUCUCUUCAAUACCUUCGGUUUCAACUGCGAGCGAUGUCGCCCAGGUUUCUAUGGGGAUGCACUUAAUCAGCAGUGCAGAGAAUGUGUCUGCAAUAUCCUUGGUACUAACCAGACCAUUGAGUUCUGUGACCACGAGACUGGCCAAUGCCCCUGCCUUCCCAAUGUGCUUGGACUGGAGUGUGACCGCUGUGCUGCAAACCACUGGAAGAUAGCAUCAGGCAUGGGCUGUGAACCCUGUGCAUGUGACCCCGUGGGUUCCUACUCAGAGCAGUGUAAUGAGUUUGAUGGGCAGUGUCAGUGUCGACCUGGCUUUGGUGGACGGCAGUGCAAUCAGUGCCAAACAAAUUUCUUUGGCAAUCCACGUGUUGAAUGCCUGUCUUGUAACUGCAACCCAGAUGGCUCAGAGACUCUCCAGUGUGAUCAUGAAACAGGGCAUUGCAAGUGUCGAGAGGGCAUCGGGGGUUUGAAGUGCGAUGAGUGUGCCCGAGGAUUCACUGGUCAAGCACCAUACUGUCAGACAUGUGGGGAAUGCUUUGACAACUGGGACCUUAUUUUGAACGAUUUACGAGAGCGCACAGAAGCCCUGAUUGCAGCUGCUGGACAGAUCAAGCAGACAGGAGCAACUGGUGCAUACAGUCAUGAGUUUGAGUCAAUGGAGGAGAAGAUUGCAGAUGUACAGAACAUUUUGCUAACUGCCAACCUAACAUCACAGAAUCUUGCCUCCCUCUCAAGCCUCAUUUCUGAAUUAACUGACAACCUAACAGUAGCUGCAUCAGAACUUCAAGGCCUGGAGCAUGGUGUGGAUAAUACUACACAACGCAUUUCUUUGGCAACAAAUGCCCUGGCAGAUCUUAGAUUGCAAGCAGAGGAGCUGAAGAAUCAAGCAGGAGACCUUAAAGAAAAAGCUACGAAGUUGCAAGAAGCUAAUGUUGAAGGUGCUCUCAACCUCACCAGGGUGGCUGGAGAAAGAUCAAGAGUUGCCCAAGAGAAGGUUGAGCUCACUCAAGUCAUUGUUGGGGAGUCAAGGCGCUCUCGCCGCAGGACUGAAAAUCUUCUCCUGCAUGCUUUAGAUCGUUUCAACCGUACGCAGAUUGAUAAUGAAGAGAACUUAGCAGAAAUGACAGAUGUGCUGGAUGAAAUGUAUCGAGGCAUCCCAGAUCUUAAUGAGCAGGUGUGUGACCGACGGGGCGAUCCUUGUGAUACCUACUGUGGUGGAGCUGGCUGUGGAAAGUGCGGAGGGCUCUCAUGUAAUAACGGUCUUGUAAACACCGCUGAGCUUGCCCUCAAGUUUGCAGAUGAUGCCAAGGAAAUGUUGAAGAAGAAGGAGGCCUCAGUUGAUGAGCUAUUACGAGGCAUUUCUGGGGCUAAAAGGCAGUCUGACAUAGCCUCAGACUUGGCUCUGAUGGCCUAUGACCUGGCCUUCAGCUCCCGUAACUUAACAGAUUCAUACAAAGCAAGAAUUACCAAGCUCUUGGAAGAAAUUGAGGAGUACUUUAGUACACCUGGUGCUAAACCCCAGGAAAUCAGGGAUCUAGCUGAAGAGGUCUUGAGCAUCGUUAUCUCCUUGGAACCAGAACAGAUUACAGACCUGGCAGAGAAGAUCACACUUGCCAUUGAAACUCUAACAAACAUUAAUGCAAUUAUUGAUGCAACCAGGAAUGAUCUAGACCUUGCAAUACAGUUGAAAGAAAGAGCUGACAGAGCCAAGGUUAAGGCUGAAGGAACUCUGGGUGUAGCAAAGCGUGUUGUAGAAGCCCUCACUGAAGCAAGUGCAGCACAGGAUGCUGCAGAACAAGCUAUCAUGCAGGCUAGUGAUGACAUUGAUGCCACACAGACUCAUCUUACCCAGAUUGCUAGUGAGACCAGUGUAGCUCAGGCCAAAGCUAAUUCCUCACUAAGGGAUGUACAGGACCUAGAAAGGAGAGUUGAGAGUGUAAAGCUGCAGUAUAUCAUCAAUCAACAACAUUUAGAAGAUACGACUGCUGCUGUCAACCAGGCAGAUCUCAAAGCACAGAGAGCAGCUAAUGAUGCAAAACAGCUUGAAGAUAAAUACUUGAUUGUAGAGGAAAAGCUACAGAUCAAGUUCCAAGCAGCUGAAGAAGCCAGACAAAGGGCAGAAGAACUUAGAAAGAGAGCAAACAAAUUGGCAUCAGAAGCUCAAGUAAAGCUAAGUAUGCUUAAGGAGAUGGAGGUAAUAUUUGUGAAGAAUGAGAUAAUUCUUGGAGACUACGAAGAAGAAAUUCGCAAAAUGGAAGUGAGCAUGGAGGAGCACCAUGAAUACAUAUCAAAGAAGACAGAAUUCUAUGCUACCUGUCAGUCUGGGAGACGCUGAUCUGAUUCUCAAGAGGAACCAUGUUCUUUCAGGCUCAUUGUUGAUACCAUAAAAAGUCAUUCAUCUUUUAUAAUUUCUCCUUGUUUAGAAUUCUGUGAAAUGCAGUAAGAAAAACUAAGAAAUUUUGAUUUUUUAUGUUAUGAAAGAUUACAGAUGUAAUGACUACUACACUUUCAAAAAGGCUUCAGUAAGAAAUUUUGAUCAGCUUAUGGAGCAAGAGAAUUAAAUGUUCUUGAUACUGACAAUACCCAGAAACACUGUUAUUUAUUACCAGAUACUGCACUUCAUAAUUCCUGAAAUGAAACAUAAAGGAAGCCCUUUACACUGAGAUUUACAGUCAGGGAUAUUGAAUGAAUAUAAGUUGGUUGUAUACCUUCCUUUUUUUUUUUUUGGUAACACUAUCUCAGUUGUUGAAAUGAAAAUGUUUUUAAAAGGUAUUUGUGUAAAGUUGAUAGAACAAAACUGAUAAAUAUAAAUAUUGUUAAUUUAAUUUUUGGUUUCUGAUAAUCAUUAAUACAGUACUUCAACUUUUUCAUUUAUAUCUGUCAUCAUUUACAUUUUAUUUAUAAUCUCUUUUUAUUUUUAUUAAAGGGAGAAUGUCUAGCAUAUAUGUUAGUUUUCCCUUAAAAUAACAUAUAUAAGAUGCAGAAACAAGAAAUCUCUGAUUCUACAAAUAACAGUGAAUUCCUAACAGCAAUUUAAUAGUAAUCUUCCUGUCCAUAAUUAGUAGUUUUGAAUGGAAUGACAAAGAGAAUCUCCUGUGUAGUUCUUGAGAUUUGACUGUAAAUACACACAAGUAUGUAUAGAUAUUAAGACACUGCCACUCACUACCAAAGUGCCCAAACAAUCUUUGUAGCUUGGUUUUAGUUUUGUAAAAUUAACUAAUAAUUUUAGUGUGGUUAUCGUAUUCUCCUUUUUAUCAUUCUUUCCUUUCAAACAAUAAUCUCUGUGUAUUAGGAGCUAGCUGAUGCAUCAAUGCCCUAGUCUCUUGGAACAACUCUGUAAAUAUGCAAAAAAAAAAAA